UUUCGGGGGGGAUCUUCGAUCUUAUGACCGUGAAUUUGUGAUCGAAAACCUGAUGAAAAGAUUGAUGUUUAAGAAGAAGGGAUUUGAAAUCCAUUUGGAUCGUGGGUUGUUGAAUUGGUUCAGUGAUAUACAGGGGAAAGGGGGAUCUAGAUUUUUGAUUUGAUUGAGAUCAAUGGCAGCUCUUGUGGCUCCUGGAGCACCUAGGUCAAAGAGUAAUAGCAAUAACCCAUCGGAACCUCCACCCCUUAAUUACAACCCUAAUUCAAAUCCCAAUUUACUCGCCGAUAAUUUGAGUAAUUUGAAUCUCAAUCGGCCACCUUCGAUGCCUUCCUCUUUCGGUCAACUACCUAAUUUCCCUUCAUCAGCCCCGCUGCCUGGAGUUCCCAAUGGUUCCCCGCCAUUCUCUAGGCCUGGCCCACCACCCGGUGCGCUCGCAAGACCUACACUACCUCCAUCAGGACCCCCACAAUCCACAUUGCCUCCCAAUGUGGCCCCAGUAAGACCUACUGGGACACCCAUUGGCCAGCCUUCGCCUUUUGGGUACAGAGCCACUUCUGGGGCACCUCCUCCCGGUGCUUUCCCGUCUUCAGGUUUGCCAACUGGUCCCGUUAUGCUUCAGGCUCCAAGCAUGCGUUCACUUCUAGGUAGUCCAGCGACUGUUGCUCCACCAGGUACUCCUUUACAACCAACACCACCAUUUUCAGCACCCCCUCAAGGUGUGCCGCCACCUCCUGGUUCUUAUGGGCCACCCACAUGGCCAAGGCAUCCCGACCAGGUGGCCCCACCUCCACCAAUUCCUGGCUCUGUGCCACCACCUAGGAUGUUUGGAAUGCCACCACAACCUCUGCCAAAUCAAUCUAUGACUGCCAUACCUGCGCUGGGUCAAACUGGAGCCCCUGUGUCAGGGAGACCGAAGAUUGAUCCCAAUCAAAUUCCACAUCCCAUUCCAAGUUCCUCUCCAAUGUUGUAUGAAACGCGUCAGGGCAAUCAGGCCAAUCCCCCUCCGCCUGCUACAAGUGAUUAUAUUGUCAGAGACACAGGGAAUUGCAGUCCACGCUACAUGAGGUGCACCAUCAGUCAGAUUCCGUGCACUGCUGACCUUUUGACAACAUCGGGGAUGCAGUUAGCCUUGUUGGUCCAACCUUUGGCCCUUCCUCAUCCAUCUGAGGAACCCAUCCAAGUUGUAGAUUUUGGGGAAAGUGGUCCUGUUCGAUGUUCUCGCUGCAAAGGCUACAUAAACCCUUUCAUGAAGUUCAUUGAUCAGGGAAGGCAGUUCAUCUGUAACUUAUGUGGGUAUACUGAUGAGACUCCCUGUGACUACCACUGCAACCUUGGUCCAGAUGGUAGGCGUAGAGAUGCUGAUGAAAGGCCUGAGCUGUGUAGAGGAACAGUUGAAUUUGUUGCUACUAAGGAAUACAUGGUGCGUGAUCCCAUGCCAGCUGUUUAUUUCUUCCUCAUCGAUGUAUCUAUGAAUGCCAUACAAACUGGUGCAACUGCUGCAGCUUGCAGUGCAAUCAGUCAAGUUAUUUCUGAUCUUCCUGAAGGCCCUCAGACAAUGGUUGGAAUUGCAACAUUUGACUCCACUAUCCAUUUUUACAAUUUGAAACGUGCACUUCAGCAGCCAUUAAUGCUCAUUGUUCCUGAUGCACAAGAUGUUUAUACUCCUCUUCAAACUGAUGUUGUUGUUCAGCUUUCUGAGUGCCGACAACAUUUAGAGCUAUUGCUGGAAAGCAUUCCAACCAUGUUUCAGAAUAACAGAACUGCUGAAUCAGCCUUUGGCGCUGCAGUCCAGGCUGCUUUCUUGGCAAUAAAGAGUAGCGGGGGAAAGCUUUUGGUAUUUCAAUCAGUCUUGCCAUCAACUGGCAUUGGAUCACUUUCUGCUAGAGAGGCUGAGGGACGAGCUAAUAUAUCUGCGGGGGAGAAGGAGGCCCAAAAAUUACUCCAACCAGCAGACAAAACUUUAAAGACGAUGGCAAUUCAAUUUGCUAAGUAUCAGGUCUGUGUUGAUGUAUUUAUUACGACCCAGACAUAUGUGGACAUUGCUUCUAUCUCUGUUGUCCCAAGAACAACUGGAGGACAGGUUUACUAUUACUACCCAUUCUCAGCUCUUUCUGAUUCUGCAAAGCUUUACAAUGAUCUUAGAUGGAAUGUCACAAGGCCCCAAGGUUUUGAGGCAGUGAUGCGUGUGAGAUGCAGCCAGGGUAUUCAAGUUCAAGAAUACCGUGGAAACAUUUACAAACACAACCCAACAGAUGUUGACCUACCUGGGAUUGACUGUGACAAAACUAUAAUGGUAACCUUAAAACACGAUGAUAAGUUGCAGGAUGGCUCAGAAUGUGCUUUUCAGUGUGCCCUUCUUUACACCACUGUGUAUGGCCAAAGAAGAAUUCGACUUACGACUUUAUCUCUCCCUUGCACCAGUAUGCUAAGUAAUCUAUUCCUCUCGGCUGACUUGGACACUCAAUUUGCUUGUUUCUUGAAAGAAGCGGCACAUAAAAUUCCAUCCUCUCCACAAUUGCAAGUCCGGGAACAAGUGACAAAUCUUUGUUUCAGUGUUCUGCUUUCUUAUCGUAAAUUGAAUGCUACAGUAUCAUCGUCUGGAAAUCUGAUUCUUCCUGAGGCACUCAAGCUGCUGCCUCUAUACACCCUUGCAUUAAUGAAAGGUAUGGGACUGCGAAAUGAUGGGAGAAUAGAUGAUCGGUCUAUUUGGAUCAAUUAUGUUUCCUACCUUUCUACUCCUUUGGCAAUUUCACUGGUGUAUCCGAGGAUGGUGGCUAUCCACAACCUUAGUCCAAAGGAUGGGGAUGAAUCACUUGUUCCUCCUAUGAUUCCGCUUUCCAGUGAGCAUGUUAAUGACGAGGGAAUUUUUCUUCUCGAGAAUGGUGAGGACUGUUUGAUCUAUAUUGGGGACUCGGUGGAUUCAAGUAUCUUGCAACAACUGUUUGGCAUCUCCUCACCUAAUGAAAUUCCUACUCAGUUUGUGCUGCAGCAAUAUGACAAUCCACUAUCGCAGAAACUAAAUGAUUUGGUAAAUGAGAUACGGCGCCAAAGAUGUUCCUACCUUCGCUUAAGAUUGUGUAAGAAAGGAGAUCCAUCAGGAGCAUUGUUCUUCUCUUAUUUGGUAGAAGAUAAAAAUCCAAGCGGCCCUUCCUAUGCUGAUUUUCUAGUCCGUGCCCACCAGGAAAUCAAAAUGAAAAUGUCUUCUUCAUAAUUUUUAUGCUUCUUCAGUAUGAUAUACAAGUUUUGAUAGCAAACAGAGCUUGAGCUUUGCUGCAAGAGGUUUGUUAGAAUAGGCUAUAUUCAGUGGACAAUGGUGCUAGUAAUACAAAGCUUUCAAUUUUUUUUCUCGAAGUUCAA